AUGAGCGAGCUUCUUCCUAAUGGCUCUCUUGUGACUAAAGAUAACGGUGUGAAUGGGCUCUGGGUACCACCAGGAGAGAAGGUCACCCUGGGAGAUUUCUCGUCUCGUUGUUUUGCGGAUGCCGCAGUCUGUAAUAACUUUACUGUCUCCUUGCUAUUCAAGAUCAACGGAAGCAUUCCAGAGAAUGAGACAGUAGAUAUCAUUCAUCAGAUGCCUAUAACAGAUGCAAGUCAUCUUGUUCGGUUCGCUGUUUCAAAUAAUAACUCUCAUUUCAAGGCUGUUGCCAUUGUUUCUCGGGAUCUCAACGAGACAAUGGCCUCUGCUGUGUUUUCCUUCACCGAAAAAUGGAUUCACGUAGCACUUAUCUACAAAGGGCCAGGUGAUCUCGAGAUUUUCUUAAACGGAACAAAUGACAAAUUGAAUGCCUCCUCAGUUUACUUCAACGGUUCUAUCCCACAAGUCAGCAUGACUCUAGGGGCUUCCACGAGCUCCAAUGGUUUUUUCGCGAGCUAUUUACAGGUAUUUGAAUACGCGAUACAAGGUGAUGUCAACAGUUUAAAGGACGAAAGUUUCACUCAAGGUACGCUCGUCUGACGACUUAUCUCUGCUAAAAAAUGUUUUACCAAAGUUAAACUGUUUCUUAUAUAAAUUGUAAUUUUAAAUGAUCUCCUCCUCUUACUAUGUUUUUUUUCGUCCUUAGCCACAAACCCAGAUCUUACUACAGUGACAGUUAGGCAAUCUUCAAGAGUUUUUCAAGAGUCAGAUGGAGUCAUUACUAUCUUUAUCGAUAGAGAAGGCAACCUUGGUGUAGUAUCAGCCUUGAUGUGAGUGCAUCGAUGCAAAUUGAUUCGUUGUGUGCCAUUUUUAUUUAUGUAAAAUGUUGAAAGCCGCUUGCAGAAAUGGAAGAAAAAAAAAUCAACAACAACAACAACCGUACAACAAAAUCAAUGAAUUUGAAGUCUUGACGCAUUAUAUUUCAAAGCUAAAUUCCCGUAAUUGAAUCGUGAGCGACGCAUGCCGUAGUCUGAGAGUAAAACAGGAGGUGACAGAACAGGAAAUCAUUAUCUUCGUUUUGAGUAAAAUACAGAUUUUAAUAGUUUGUCUUUCAAUUCUUCUAAAUCAUUUCAGGUACACCCUGUCAGAGGGUACUUUGUCCAACAUUUCGGAUUUCACCAUGGAAGAUUUGUCAUACGGACAGCUCGUCUUCAAACCUGGAGAGGUUGUUAAAAGUUUGUCAGUGAACAUCGUAAACGACGCAUCGCCAGAAGUAAACGAAACCUUAAUCUUGAACUUAACAUCCCAAGAUGGGAUCACUAGUGUAACAGAAGAGAGUGUUCAGUUAGUUAUCCUGGAUAACGGUGAGUACUGUCAGGUCAGAAAAAUACUGUGGAUUGCAAUGUAGGUAAUCGCACCACGUGAAAUAUUCCAAGACGGUGUAGGAGUCUGCUGGAUUCUAAACUGGGGAUUCCGGACUCAGGCAGUAUUCCGGAUUCUUUGUCAGUGGCAAAACAUACCAGUUUCCACAGCUCAAACUUCUGGAUUCGAUAAGCAAAUAGUUCCAGGAUCCUUAAAUUCGGAUUACCAUACAGGAGGAAAAAGUUCAUGAGAAGAUAAAGGAUAAGACAGCCCAUUUCCUAUACUUGUUGUAGCAGUUGAACAGAAUCUUAUUUUCCGGUAUCCUCGGAGACCGAGGGGCAGUUAGUCCGGACAAUAGAAUGUUCGUGGUGAAUGUUUACUGCAAGUUCGUCUCGAUCUUACAGUAAACUUUCACCACGAACAUUCUGUUGUCCCGACUAACUGUCUCUCGGUCUCCGAGGAUGAUUUGCUAGGCACUUUCACUAAGUUUUGUAAUAAGAAAAUGAAGGGAAAUUAACUACAUCACAUCUUACAUUUUUAAGUUUUGAGUUCCUUGACAUCCAUGUAAAAAUAUAUUUUAGAUAUAUACCGUCAUUGUAUAUAACACUAACUUUAUCGGAGGGUAUGUCAGGAUCAGAAGAAUUAUAGCAUGGUCAAUACUAACGUGUUUAUCUUAAAUAUUUAUUCAUCCAUUACAUUGGGCCGUUUAAGUGGGAGCCCUAGCUUCACGUUAAGGUACCUUGAUAAGAUGUUAUGUGAACCUUCAGGUUGAAUAAAUACUAACGUUUUUUGUCUUAAUUAAUCGUUUGUGACGCGUAAAACAUCCCAACCAGAACAAUACUUCGAGGUGGUUAUAACAAAACAAAACAAACAAACAAACAAAAAAGAACAACAAGAACAACAACCAUGAACAACAAUCAGUGAUUAAUUUGUAACAUCUUGUAGAUAUCGACGAAUGUGCAAGCGGUCCUUGCCAAAACAAUGGAACCUGCAGUGACUUGGUAUUAGACUACAACUGCUCCUGUACUCCGGGCUAUGCUGGAAAAAAUUGCACUUUAGGUAAGAUACUAUAAGAAAACGUCUUGACUUCUUGCCCUUUUUUUCAAUCUUUUUAUCUUGCUUAAUCUUUGGUUUUCAAAACAUGAACGAUAAUUAAUUUUGUUCGGCGACGGUACGUGCCGACGGUACGUCGACUUAAUGUUUUAUUUAAGUUGUUCCUCUUAGGCAGUAAUUCAGCUAUUUCUUGUUCGUGAAACGUGUGAAAUGUUCCGUCUUUUUCUACAGCUCUACCAAGACGACGACGUUUUUUCGGUUACGGUCCUUUUUCUGCCGUUUUAGCGGUUUUAACCUCAUUUAAUCGGAUAGUGGAAACGCUUUCCAAAUUUGGUCAACGGUAACUGGCUAUGAAGAAUUAGCCGGGAGAUUUGAGCCAAAAUGAAGAAACAUUUUGGAUAAAUAAUUCUAAAGGACUGUGCAAUAAUUAUCAGGAGGGGGAGGGGGGGGCCUGAAAAACUAAAGUUAUCUAGCAAAAACUUAAAAAAUACCCCCCCUCCAAAACAAAAAAAAUCGGUUCUAACCCCCCCUCUGUUAUGUUAAAAAUAACGUCGCACCCCCCCCGUCCCAAAACUGGACUGAGCUGUCAUCACAGCUUCAAUAAUGACAAACGUUAUUAUGUAACAUCUAGUAUCGAGAAGGAUGUUGAUCGCUUGACUGAAGAUUUAGACAAAGCAUUUGCUAAGUACUGGGGUGCUUACCACAUUGGCUCAAAAUCUAAAAUUUCUGAAGCCAGAAAAGAGAAAGGAGCAGGGAAAAAAAAUCAAAGAACAGGAGAUUGAACGCUUCAAAUAACAGACGUAAAAGAGCUUGCAUUAUAUUUAGAUCCCUGGGAGGAUAGCCUGUUGAACUUUGUUAUGAGCCACAUAUAUAUGGAAUUCUGCAAAUCGAUUCAGUCGAUGAAGAAACGUUACUUUUUGUCACAUCAAAAACUGACAAAGCUUGUCUACGAGAUCUGUUUGAUUCCCAUUGUUUUAUGGGGGAAGCUGAAAAACAAGUUCAUGAUUUUUGCUUUACAUAGGAUCAGCUCAAUUAAUUAGAAGACGGGUUAAAAUUGAUCAGUUGUGAAUUUGCUUUUCAUUUUGAUGGAAUAUUUUCAAUAAUCGUUUAACAGCUGUUCGUGUUGAUAUUUGUUACAGUCUAUCAUGAUGCCUGUAUUGAGAAUCUUUUAUUGCGUUUAAUUUUAUUUACAUUUCGAAUAAAACUUAAGGUCCCCCCUCCGUCAAAUGAGUGAUUUUACUUUGAGCCCCCCCUAUCUUGGCAGCAAUUUUAUGUAAUGCCCCCCCUCUGGUUUUAGGCCCCCCCUCCUGAUAAUUAUUGCACAGUCCCUAAUUAAACCCAAAGUGUCAUUAGUGUUCUGAGGUAAUACCCGCAUGUACUUCCUUUGUCCUUUGCAGACACCUACACUUGGUACUUGUUUCCAGUCGGUGAAAAUCGCCUCUACGGUUACGAGCCAAUGUUAAACAUGUCUUUUGAAAGCGAUGAGCUGUCUUCUGGUAUAAAAGUGGCCACGAAGAAGAACGUACUAGGAAUCCAAAUACCACAGGCAAGCGAAAUCGACUUAGGAGACUUCGCCAGUCCAUGUUUUAAGAACGCCACUGUCUGUAGUGGCUUCAGUGUUUCAUUUUUGGUUUAUAUCGUGGGGCCAGUGAACGUGGGAGAAAGUAUGAAAGUACUGGACUCUAACUCAUCACUUCGAGGCUCCUAUCACGUGCAAUUUAUUGUAAGAAGGACUGCUGCACGCCUGGAGGGACAUGCCUAUGUUGUUGGUGGUAAUUCUUCAACUAUUCUUGAUAGAAAAAUAGCUUUUCCUGCAACUGAUACCUGGGUUCACGUGGCUAUUGUGUACUCAGCAGUUUCCACCAGUCUUGAACUGUAUGUGAACAGCGUUAUGGUGACAGCUGGUGACGCUGUGGUAUCUUCUCCUUGGCAAAGUGACAACUCUGCUGUUCACUUAUCAUUAGGUUCAAGGACAAACGUUCAUGACAUCUUUGUCAGUUACUUGCAGGUCAUCAAGGGCACCCUAACUGCCACGGAAGUGGCACAACUAGAAAAAGAAAGUCGAGAGCAAGGUAAGUCAACUAAGUUCGUGCGGUGUACACAUUUUCCUGGAGAGGUCAUUUUUGGCUUAAUAAUGGGGAAAAAGGUUGAAUGUUUUUUUUCUCGCGAAAUAGUGCCUCUUCUUUCCUCAAGCUGCCUUAAAAAUUGUCCUUUCGAAAAAUACUUUCUUGAAAGAGUUGCCUCUUAUGUGGUAGAUAUAUGUUUUACAACAUGUUUUAUAAGAAAUCGGGAUAUUUUUUCGUUUGAUUUCGCUGUUUGUAUUCAGGUAAAAUGUUUUUGCAGUAAGAACAUGUUAGAGUUUUUUAAUUAAUCUUAAGUUCUCAAUCCUUCCAGCGACCAGCCCAUUUAUGGUACAUUUGGAAUUAACAAAGAAAAACAUUGUUGCAAGUGAAGAUAUUGGGAAUGUUACAUUGACUUUACGGCGAAAUGGAAACCUUGUUUUGGCUUCAGUAAUCAAGUAAGUGACUAAGACAAUCUUUAGUAAAAUCACUCAAACAACAACAAAAAUAUUCAUUAGCAGGUGAAUUUCCUUCUUCGUCUUCUUCCUUUGAUUGGUAGCUGAGUUGUUAACUCCGAUUUUAGGAAAUAACUCCAUAGUGGAGAAUAUAUUUAAGCGUAUUUCUGACACCCUUAGGCAGAUCUAGACACGGUAUGAAAAAGUAAGCAGAAAAUAUUUUUUACCAAAAUGUUUUUUCCUUUCCUUUUGUUUUGUUUUUGUUUUGUUAUUUUUUAAGUUAUUCAAUAAAAGAAAUCACUGCUACGGCCGGGGCUGACUUCUCUGGAGUUCCAGGUAGUGGUGAAGCGGUUAUCCGGCCUGGGGAGACAUCUGCUGACAUCUCAGUGGAGAUCAUAGACGAUGUAAUCUCUGGUGAAGGAAAAGAGACAUUAUCUGUAGCAAUAUCUACAUCAGAUAACGUAACAACGUUUUCGGAAGUGGAAGUGAAUAUCACUAUACUAGACAAUGGUAUGAAUAUUAAAGCACAGAAAUUUUUUCGGGUUAAUUUGCAAUUUAUUGCUUAAAUUGGUAUUACAGCUGCGACGAUCAUAUCUUCAUUGAAAUUUGUUUUCUGCAGUUCACGUCAUCUUUAUUCUAUUUUAUUUUCUUUCAUGGUUAAGACGAAUUCACCUAAUUGACCUGUUCUAAAAUAUACGUCUUUAUAGCUCAGUUGAUGGAGCUUUGCAGCACUAACGCAGAGGCCAUGCGUGUCUAAAUCCCGUUCAGUUAAAGCCCCGAUAUUAUUUUCGGGUUUAUUUGCAAUUGCUUAAACUGCUAGUGCAACUGCGACGAUCAUAUCUUCAUUUAAAUUAGUAUGAACACUGUUAUUAACUAUUAGGACUUUCUUUGGUUUGUCUUACCUUUUGCCGAGUGGAUUGCCUCAUGUUAAUAAGAUAGCCUUUGAAAAGUCUCUAUAGUGCGAGAAAGCGCAAAGAUGGCGUGCGCUCCUUUUCCCUAAACCACGCUUGCCGACAUGAUUUUCGCCUGUUCCAUUUACCCUGUUCGUUGGCGAGCAAAAAGACGACGGCCUAAUUCUUGCAACUGAUGUUAUUGCUUAUCCGUCGCAGUUAUCUUCAAAAUUUCUAAAACUAAAUUUCCCUUCAACUGUGAGAAAGUUUUUUUCCCUAACUGACACCAACCACGUUUUCAUCAUCAGUUCUUCUAUUUCCAAUAUUACUGUAUUCUAUCUUGAAGCAGGGCUUCCGAAUCCAAAGCUCCGUGCCUAUAAAAGCAUUUGGUGACUUAUCGAUGCGAGAAAUUUUGGUUCUGAUGUUAGCGCACGCCGUCCCGCCCGCCCAGCCAUACAUACUUUAAUAAAGGAGAAGAGAAGACUUUGUCGAGGAGGGAAGGGAAGCCCCAGACACGAACGCUUACGUAAGCCUUGGCGAAACGUUAGCCUUGGCGAAACGUUAGCCAGUUUAAAUUCAAACACGGCAUUUUCAUGUCUUACCCUUUUGUGCUAUGGUUACUCAAUAACCCUUUUUUAAAAUUUAGAUAUCAAUGAAUGUGCUUCCAAUCCAUGUGUUAACAGCGUGACCUGCAUAGAUCUUCAUCUCAACUUCAGCUGCAUAUGUCAAAUGGGAUUCACAGGGAAUAAUUGUUCUCAAAGUAAGUUUACCGGUUAAAAAGGCUCCCUGUUUUAAUACGUCUUAUAUUUUGACACUGCUACGGCAAUAAAUUCCUUACGUAAAGAAAAACAGUGAGAGCAUUACUUAAAAACUACUUAUAAUAUUAUGUUGUCAUACAUGUACGCAGCUAAAAAGCUGAUGUAGACCUGCAAAAAAAAUAUUUCCUACUUAAAGAUUCAAAUAAUACGAUAUAAUACAAUAAUAUCCCAUGCAGAUUUUAUAAUUCUAUGAUUCUAGUGUAUGAUAAAUAAGUAAAUAACUAAACACAUAACGGCUUGGAAACUAAAAUUUCGAGGACGUUUUUGGACUUUUUACAUUUAGGGCAUGAAUUUUUCGUCAUUUCAGGCCAUGGAACCUAAAAAUGAGCCUAGCUAGCUGUAAAAAGGGGCAAUACGGAGGCAAUACGUCCUAGCCGGCAUGAUCACAUGCUGUUUACGGAAAAUUCCCUCAUCCAUGUCAGGAAAUUCUGUAUUUUAAAGCCUCCCCUAGGGCAUGACUCAGCAAUUGAGGACAUUUCUGCUAUGUUUUCAUUGUUGGUUAGCAUGCAAGGAUUUUUCGCAUGCCUAUCGUCAAUGAUUUGCUCACUGGUAAUAGAGGGGGUGGCCCCAGAGUGGUUUUGCAUUGAAAUUGGCAUGCAACAGAAUUUCGCAUGCCCUGUAAGCAUAAUUUGAGGUUCUGUGACCUUCUCACCCAGGCCGCGAGAAGCCUAGGUUCUAGUAAUAAGUAAUUCAUACCCAGCAAAAUCUCCGGCAUGCCGGGCAUGCCAAAUUUUCUGACAUGCCCGGCAUGCUAAAUUCUCUGGAAUGCCGGGCGUGCCAUAAUCUGGGUCAUGCCGGGCAUGCCAAAAUCGGUCUCUGGCAUGCUCUCAACGCACAGGUUAUAAUUCCUUGAAUCUACAGAUAUUUUAAGCCUGGCUAAAAACAAAAAAAAAACUAAACAGAUCACAGUGCUUAUCUUUUGAUGUACGGUUACACGAUGACGUCAUUGCUAUUCCUUUCAUUUUCAUAGAUUUGGUUGUCCCAGAGAACUUUAAAUAACAAAAGCUCUAAUUUUCACAAGCAAGUAAAACCCUGAGGGAUUCGUCCGUAGUAAUAAAACAGCGUCAUCGUGGAGAUGACCUGUUGGGGGAUUGUAAAAACUCCUCACCCCUUUUAAUGAGUCUUUAAUAGGAUUCCCAUUUCACAUUGCGAAUAAAAUGGAAUUGACUGAAAUCAGUAAAAAGAGAGACAGAGACUAUUUUCAUUGUAUAAUAAAAUGCAUCUAUGUUCCAUGAAAGCUUUUAAAAAUACAAGGUUAUAGAAUAUCUUUCAAAGUUCAUUACAAACUGAGCUAAGCCCCAAAAUCACUGUUCAUUAUUCAGUAAAUUAUGAUGUUUGACAAUGCAAUGUGCUUGAAUAUAAAGUUGCAAUUACAAAUCUCUCUAACGCAAUUUUCCCUACGUUAGAAAAGCUGUUAGAAAGUCUGAGUUCCUCUUUCUUGUUUUGUAGGCUUGCCAGGGAUUAAUGUUUUUGUGUCAUUACCAGUGUCUGUGUUCUUUGUUCAUAACUCAAAGUAAGUCAGUAAUAACUGACAGUAUCAAAGAAUAUUGCUCUCUAGAAAAGUAAUUAUCUCCUCGUCAUGUCUGGAAGUUACCUGUAACAAAAAAGAAAUGGAAUGUUAACACAUGCAAGGGCAAUAUGAAAAAAAGAAAUAGAACAUCUAGACUCAGCUUCUCUUAACAUAUUUUCAUACUGGCUUGUUGAGUCUGUUAAAGGUCGCAACUAAUUGUCUGAGGCUAAUUUCACAAGAGUGUGCAAUUGAGAUAAAUGCAUGGUAAAUAAAGUGAAAGAAACGUGGUUUCACAUUAGCCAAUUUACAUUGCGCUGUUCGAUGAUGUUUACACGCUUUUCUACUGCGAAAUAAACCUUUGCAUUUGGAUUUGCAAGUCAAGAUUAUACCGAGUUUGACUGACACUUGUUGAACAACAGUUUCAUUUUUAAGCAGGUAAGGUGUAGACCCAUAUAAAGCCGGAAUAUGUAAAGGAAACUCAGCGAAAACUUUUUCGCAUCUUUUUGUGGCGAUAUUCUCUCACGGCCCGUCAACUGAUUAGGGGUUGCGAAGAAAAAGUAAAUUAGGACCAAAGGUUAAAGCCUGUCCGGUUACAUCAUUUCGUAUGUUACCUAGUGUUCUAAUAAAUAGGUCAUAAAAUAGGAUUUAACGAGUACGAAUUUUUUUCUCAAUCGGUGUAUAAAAAAGUGAGGCUAUCAAAUGAGAAGUUUAUAGAGUAUCAAAAUUAUUAAAUUAAAAGCUCAUAUAAUUAGGAAAAUUCCUAUACGAAAAUAAUGCUAGUGACAUUAAAUUGAUCAGAUAAAAUUCUCAGAAAAUAUGUCGAAUAAAAGCCUCAUUGUUUGCUUUUGUUUUUGCGUAAAGGUAAAUUUUUCGGCCCACAAAGCAAAGUUGAAAAAGCGACUAAAUCUUAGUUUUUUACAUUGAACAUGUUUAUUAGCUUAGUUUUCGUCCGUUUUAAAAGCUUUAUAACCCAAUCAUAAUUUAAUCAUAAAAUAGUACAAAAUCAUUUCAAAAACCAUGUUCAUUGAAAGUAGAGCCGGCAAACGUGAACAUUUUGUAAUUCAAAAGUCGGACCCAGCCAGAUUGUUUAAGCUUAGAAUUAUUUGCAUUUUAGCGUCCUAUAAAUUUACCAGAAUCGCCUCUCAGAGGCUUACUGUAGCCAUAGUUAUUAGAGGAGACUGGUUAUAAAAAGCGGCAAACAUCAAUGAUAAAAACAACAGUGCUGCAGUUUAUGUUCAAAGCACCGUGAAAGUGCACAAUCUUUUGUUUUCUGUUGGCAAAUUGUUACGGAAUAAAUUAAUGCAACGUUUUUAUUGGUCAAUACAAUCAAAAUGAUAGGAAUUCUUUUGAACGUUGUGCACUUUCAGGUCCACAAAAACAUAUAACAAAGGAGUCUGACGGGUUUCAUAACCAUUCCACUCAAUUAACUAUGCUGUAGCAAAGCAUUUUGUAGUACACUCGUAGACAAGCAAUGUAAGCCUUAAGUCUUUGCAUGGAUGAGAUGUCCAAAAGAAAAAUUAGUUUUGUGGACCUAAACGCACAUUCACAGAUUGCUUAUAUUGAGUUGUUUACAACUUUGCACUGACACACGCGGCAUGUUCAUUUUUUUAAAGCGAAAUCCAAAUCUGAUUUUGGCAUUUGAUUUACGGAUAUUUUAUUUUGUCUCCAAAAGUGAUUGUAAUAUCCGUUUGAUUGUCUUUCAAACAACAGUCAAACUAUGCAGCAAAAAUAAGUAACUUUACCAGUACAGUGAAAAAAAUAUGACCGUAGGUGCCAAAAAUAAUUAUACUCGAGCUAUAAAAUUAGAUCUGACUUUUUUUAGCUUUGUUUUCUUAUUAUUGAAGUUUUCUCUAGUCUUCUUAGCAGCAGAAGAAGAUUACAAGACAUACAAACAGAAACAAUCCGAAGUGAACGAGAUGACAACCACUUUUGCCGGAGUUCUUAGGCAUGCUCAACAGCAAGAUAAACUGAAUGCCUAAAGGCUAAUUCACGGGAUUUGUUCAAUAUUCAGGCUUUUUCUUUACCAAAUUAAUACUAAAUUUGUACUUACAGUCUCUCGCAGAAUCCAUUUCUUGUUCAGCAUUCACCAACAUCUCAACCAUGCACCGCAGAAAAAAAAGACAAACAAGUGCGAAGAGACAUGACGACAUCGUGACGCCACAACUGCUACGCUACAACAAACUAGAUUCAUCGUCAUCCGAAAACACUUCUGCGGAAAUUCGGCCGAUUUCGUGCGUGCUCGGGGUAUCUUCGGAUGACGCAGAUGACGUUGCUCAAAGGACUAUCGUCAGCAAGGACUAAAACAGUUUGCGAGAUUCGCAUAGCCGACAAGGAGCGCACUGAAAAACUAAGCAAAAUCUCUCUGAGAAGGCAGUCCAAAUUCACCAAAUCAGAACGUCUUUGCAGUAUUAACGUCGUACUCUCGUACUGACUUGAACGACCUGGUAAGCUUAAUUUUCACCAGUCAUUUAAUGCUGUUGGCCGGGAAACAUUCCGACGCCAUAAAACUUAAGCAUGGAUAAGUUCAUACUGAGAAGAUUUGUUAUCUUAUUGUUUAAUUAAGACGCUUUUCCCCGAUCAAAUUUAAAUCUGGACCCAGAAAUGUCAGUAUCGGUUUGAAAUAAAAGGAUUGAUCUUUGAUUGCAAGUUAAGUAUUCUAUUUUACGCAUGAAUAAUGUUGUUUUGUUGUGCUUUUUAUUUAUAAAUCCAGGCUUCUGUCUUCAGUUUUGCCAGUCGAUCCCGUGACACACAUUAUGACAAAACAUGACUUUUUUUGUUAUAAUCUGCAUUUAUUGCCAGGCAUGAAACCUGUAACUUUAAGCUCCCUAAGAUAUAUUUGGCGAUUAUAUGUGAUUCUCAGGAUAUGAUGCUGACGCGAACAUCAAAAUCAGUCUCGCUGGGCAUGCCAAUUUCUUGCCUGGCAUGCCGGGCAUGCCAAACCAAGUGGCUUCACCAUUGGCAUGCCCGGCAUGCCAAACCAGAGGAGCAAAAACUUGGAAUGAAUUAUCAACCCGGUGAGAGAUCUGGGACCUAAGGUUGGCUGGGUCAAUUUUGGGCUGCGAGGGCAUGAACCCAUUUUUUCCAUGCCUAUGAGAUGUUAUUUCUAAGUACCAAUGUUCCCUUGAAUUUUGUCAUGCCUAAAUAUAUAAAAUUUUCCCUCUCUCAUUAAUCCUUAGACUGGAUGCGAUUUUUACGCUCGCUAGGCAUGCUCAACUGAAAAUCAUGCCCAUACCCUUAUUCAAAACAAAAUGCUAUCAAAUUUUAGUUUCCAAGCCGUUACAUCAUUGGAACAUAAUAGGGUACAGCCUAAAAGUAUAAAAAAAUUUUGAAUCUUUUUUGUUGAUAAUGACAGCAGCCUCUUCCUGGAAGUUGGUGUUAUUAAUAAUGUUCCGGGCCUUUUUCAGGCUAAGUUUGAAGGUCUGUGCAUUUUCGUUGGGGAGUCAGACUGUUCCAGAUUAGUGGUCCUCUAUACCUUAAACUAUUUCUAUCUACUCAUAUUUACAUCGGACGAUUUAAAAAAUUGAAACCUUCUGCGCAUGUCGUAUCCAUUGUCCUCCUUCUUCUUAAAAAGAUUGUUGGUCUCAGUUUCGAUAUUACCAUAGUAUACUCGAUGCAUAAGAUCAGGUUAAUAACCUUCUUUUAUAUAUGUAGGAAAAUGUUGCCAGUUGGCCCUAGCUCGACUUUGCUUGUUAUUUAACUCUGGUAGUAGAUUAAAUAUGGUUCUGGCUGCUCUAGCAUUCCCUCUGUUUUAUCAAUUAAUAAGGCUGGGGAGCAAUUUCUGUUCCCCAGACAGAGAUAGAAUAGACUACACAGGGAAUAACUGUCGUAAAGUAAAUGUCUUCUCUGACCUUCCUGGGAAGAUAACUCAUUCUUUUAAUGGAACCAGCCUUUUAAGAAAAAUAUUUGCAUGAACUAGAUAUCUGUGCAGACCAUGACAGAUUCUAAUAAAGCGCUUUUACAGCAAAAAGGUCUUUUUAUUUGGAAGCCUAUAUAAUCUACACAGUGUUUUUAUAGCUCAAUAUAAACAUUUUAAUCGGUCUGGAAAGCAGCUUUCUAUUACAUUGUGCGACAUAUUUGACUGUAAUAUUUAACUUUUGUACUAGUGAUAUAAAGAGACACUUUUUCUUAUCCCCAAAUCAUGGGUUCUUUUUCUUAGCACAUCGGGUACGAGUUUUUAAGAAGUUCAGGGAAUUACACUAGUAUGUUCCUCUCUCGUAAUUAACAUCUCCUCUCUUCCGGUUAAACACAGGUACUUCUAUGUGUCAAGAAAAAACCUAUACAAUAUUGUAAACAGAACAAGAGAUAUACAGCUAACUGAGUGGGUGAAUGUAUGAAUGUCUUAGUUAAGCUUAGUUACAUAUGAAGUGCUGAAAUUGUUUUCAUGUCCCUCUACAGAUAUAGAUGAUUGUUCUAAUGGGCCAUGUGAAAACGGAGGUACCUGCAUUGAUCUGUUCAACGACUUUAACUGUACAUGCCCACUGGGAUUCACCGGAAGAAACUGUAGUAUUAGUAAGUGCUCCUUACUGUCCAAAAAUUGAAGCUGUCAGUAUGGUUCUCAGGACGCCAGAGACUAUAUCAUGUGCUUUUUCUAGUUUACAUGUUUGAAUCUGUUCGCCCAGCAGCACUAGUUGCACCCGUUGCACGCGAGAAAAAAGAAUGGUGCCGAUUUAUCGAGUUCUCUAUCUGGAUCUCGAGUGACAAGUCCGACUACAACGGAGGCUAAUAAUAUGACCCUUCGCUAGAUUACUUGACAGGGCAACUGAUCGAAGCUUUUUAUUUUAUUUAUCUUCUUAAAGGAUAGUGAGUUGACAAUGUCUGAUACAUAAUAAGCAAGACUUUAAAGAAACGGUUCUGUUUUGGUGCAAAAGGUACUAUUUUUAUCUUCAUCUAUUUAUUUUUUUGCUCAUUAUUUUAUGUCUGUUUUCAUAGAUAUCAACGAUUGUACUCAUAGCCCCUGCCAGAAUGGUGGAAGUUGUAAUGAUUUGAUUAAUGACUACAACUGCACUUGCGUCCCUGGAUACACUGGCAAAAACUGCUCUAAAGGCAAGAAUGACUUUCCUUUCAAUUAACAAUACCUUUUACGAUGAAGUGUUAAAUAGAGUAACAAUUCCAAACAAAUAACGAGUGGAGGAAGUUUAGAUUUCCGAACAACCCCAUUUAUUUAUUAUGCUGGGGCGUCUUUGAUACAAUUUAACACAAACAUGAUGUACAGUAGUUUUUAUUCUCUCCCUAAGGGAUUUUCAGAGUUAAUUUACAAUUAAUGAUAUAAUUUACAUAUUAUUAGAAACUGAAUCAUAGGAUAAUGCAAUUCUAGAACUCUGAUCGGCGUAGCCAUCAUGGAAUACGAGCCAUUAUACCAUGCUCUCAAAAUAUGGUAAUUAUACGAGUCUGCUCAAAAUUAAAAACAAGCUGAAAAUCGAUUGUUUUUAAAUGUCAUAUAAAGUCGGGAAGAAUUCUGCAUAUUUUGUGGGCGUUUGUUCCACUCGCGCCUGUUGGAUCUGAGAUGAUUGUAGCCAACUCGGCGCUACGCGCCUCGUUGGCUAAUCGAUCAUCUCAUAUCCAACGCGCAGUCGUGGAAUAAUUGUCAAUUAUACAUCUAGCCGAAUUUAGCAAAAUCGCAUCAGCUGGCAACUCUAGGCCACACAGCUUAACUUGACUUAAAUAAAGGGGCUAAUGGCCAAUAUUUUAAAGAAAUUGCGCUCUUACUCGUAAGCCCUCUAUGGUGACUGUCUUCUUGGUCCCUGACUAGCAAAGAAAUAUUCAAGUCUAUCAAAAAGACACUCUCAACUUGACCAUCUCUGGCUGCUUUAAGGCCCACGAGAUCGAGGCAGCUCUAGCUAAGACUAAAACUAGCCCUAAGCAGAGAAUUCAAGGCCUCAUCAUCCCCUGUCCUGACACAGCCUUGCAGCCAAGUACAUCGGUGAGGGGAAUCCUUUUAUUGGCAAAUCGGCCAACAUCAUCACUGAACUGAUUCUCGAGAGAGAUUAACUGACCAUGCGACGCUUUUGAAGAACCUCCCCCGCCGCGGAGGAUUGACAUGGAGGCCCCUUCACAUCCCAUGGCAAGUUAGCUUAGGGACUGACCUUAACGAUGGGACAAAUUAAGAAAGAAAAUUCUCACCGCAGGCUGUGCGAAUAAUCUGGGCCUUUUUCAGGCACGUUUUAUAUAUAUACGUAUUCCGCAACAGUAUUCAAAGUUAUCUUAAAAAAAAGUCAAAAUUAGACUUAUAGUUUGGUACAUAAUUCACUUUAACAUUGUGCUUAAAACUGGCGGAGGAUUGACUGUUUCUUGUGUUGGCACUGAGAGAAUUCCAUAUGUUGACUGAGCAAAAUUGAAAAUAGCGUUGAGUGGUGGUUGUUUUACAGUGGAAAGAUCUAAAUUAACACUUUGUCUAGUAUUAUAACAAUGCACAUCUGAUCUCUUGCUAAUUUAACUACUUAAAUACGACGGGGCAUAGCCGUUUACAAUUUUGUACAUUUGCAUGUACACCGCGCACCAGCAGUUGAUCUUUUUAAAGAAAGGAAAGGCAUCCUAAUUCCUAAAGGAACGGUGGGAUAUGGUCAAACUACUUACGAGUUGUAACUUCUGUAUGUUCUGUUUGAAAGUGCUUGCCCAGACCGUUGAAUAGUAUAGAAACUUACUGAAGACAAGAUGAGUUAAAAUAGCUAAAAGUAGGGGUUUAGAAAAUAGGUGCUUGACCUAAACGUACGUAGAAGGGGCGAAGUCAGAUCAUUAGUAUAAUGGCCAAGACUUUGACUGAGGGUACAGAAAUAAGAUCCUGACUAAGGAGAGUUAUAGUAACGCCCUUUACUCUAUUCAGGAGCUACCUUGUUCCAAACAAAAUUAGUUCAGUUUUACUUGAGUUGAUCAUCAACUGCUUCGAGCAACUCCGACCAGCAAUAUGGCGAAGGUCUUUUAUGAUUUUGGCAAGACAGGAAUCGGUAUCCUCUGAAGAAAAGGAAAGAUAAACCUUUGUGUCGUCAGCAUAGGAAUUGAUACUUUGAGACUUGACUGCGGAAGGUAGAUUGUUCAUAUAAAAACCAAACAAUAUGGGUCCUAUGAUGGAUCCCUGGGGUACUCCCUGUGUGAAUGUAAGUUCUUCAGAUCGUUAAGCGCCAAGUAGAGUGGACUGCUUGCGAUUGGUAAGGUAGCUUUUAAACCAUCCAAGGAACUGAUUUGAUGCACCCAGAUUACGCAGUUUGAAGAGACGUGUUUUUAUAUGCAAAUGCUUUGAUAAGGUCUAUCAGGACUUUAUUUCUUCCAUGGCCCUGAAUAUGUGAUUAGUAAUAAGCAGGCUUAAGGUUUCUGCAGAGUGAUACUUGCAAUUCCCGCUUUGGUGUUGAGUAAGCCUAUUACGCUGAGACAAAUACUUGUCAAACUGAGUUAGAGCAAUGGGUUAGAGCAAUGUAGCUGACAUGGGGAUAAGUAAAGAAAAUUGUAACAGUUCAAAAUCGAUCGCUCUUCAGUUACUGUACUCAGUCAGGGUAUAUAAAAGCCUUUGAGGCUGCUUGCUACCCGUGAAUUGAGAGUGUAUUACUAACAUGAGAAGUGUAAUUGGUAUCUGUUUUCUAAUGUCUCACUUAGCAGCCAGUGAAGUAAUAACAACACUGUCAUGUAUUCUUUUUAGAAUCCUACCUGUGGUAUCUGUUUCCAACUGGAGCGAACCUUCUUUAUGGCUAUAAUCCGGCGAACAAUCAGUCAUUUUACAGCAAGCUUUUACCAUCUGGCGCCACAGUCAGCCGCAAGGACGGGUUUCGUGGACUUUGUAUACCAUCAGCAACAGAAGUUAUUCUUGGUGAAUUUGCCGACCAGUGUUUGAAACAAACUUGCGACGAAUUUACUAUUUCAUUUCUGGCUUAUAUUAAUGGAACAGUGGCCAGAGAUGAAGAGGUGCAAAUAUUAUAUUCCACUCCUGUGAGCCAAGGACAAUACCAUUUACAGUUUACUGUCACAAAGACUGUUUCACGGUUGCAAGGCCAAGCAUUCAUUGUGGGCGGCAAUUCUACAAAUCUUCUUGAAAGAAAAGGAACAUAUCCAGGCGUGGACAGAUGGGUCCAUGUUGCCAUUGUUUACUCAAAAUCCCUUCAUCAACUUGACUUGUAUUUUGACAGUGUAAGGGUAGCAGAUCCGAACUCGACUAUAAAUUGGGAUAACAGUGGAGAAAGCGUUAAUAUUUCACUAGCUCACAGUGGAAAUGUGAGAGAUAUAUGUGUGAGUUACUUUCAGAUAAUAAGAAACCUGUUAACUGAGCUGGAAAUAAAACAGUUGGAAGAAGAAUGUCGACAACAAGGUAAGAUUGUAAGAAAUUGAUAGACUGAAGGUCCCGGGCCACGGAAGCUGUUUUACCCAUUUAAGAUGGAAGUUUUCAGUUACAAAAGGGACAACAACCACCACCGUGACCACCAACAACAAAUAGACUGGCUAGGGGAUUAGAUACGUGGUUAACAAUUCUAAAAAUAAUGAUUUUAAAAUAUGUCUUCGGGGCCAGUAAAAUUAAUUACGUGUCGCAGCUACGUAACAUUUAGUGCCUACAGACUACAUGAAGAAUAACAUAUUUUAGUGUCCUUGGCCAAAAUAACGGUGAAAUUGAGAGUGCUUGUAUGCAGCUUCCGAUAGAGCCUGGAGGUUUCUGUGGCUAGAGAGCCCAAACAAAUGAAAGCAGGCUACUUAACCGCAACAAACAGAAGAAUGCAUGUAUGUUAUACGAUACCGCUUCGUUCUUGACUAUGUAAAUGUGCCUACUAUGCGCAUUGUAAAAAGGUUGUGCGCUAGCAUGUUCCGUUUGUACACAAGUGACGCUCUACGACAUUUGCACUUAAAGAACCUUUAUCCAUUGCUUGCUCUUCAUUCCUUAGCCUUCCUAAAACUGCCCGUUCAAUUGUCAUGAACAAUAUGUGAAAAGCCCUUAUCGCAAAUAAAUUAUAUAGAAAAUAUACCUUCCACCAGUGAAUGAAAGUACGUUUAUCUUAACGUCUAUUUGCAAAAUGCUGGAGGUGUACUUACUUACAGAACCCGAUUAAUCCAUUUUUUUGCAAUGAUGGGUGGGUAGCGGAAAAAAAUGACGAGAACAUUUCCAGCUUCCUUGCUUCAAUCCCAGGCAGCAAGCUAAACCGCUUAAAUCUUCUUUUACUUCUAAUUGCUCUUCUUUUGAUUUGUUUUGCUAUCUUUUAUAGCGGCUAAUCCUUCCGCCGUGGAAGCAAAAUUUGCCCAGAACAAUACAGUGGUUGAAGAAGAAGCUGGAGCGGUUGUUGUUCCUGUAAUUCGUAACGGAAACAUCUUUUUAGCGUCAGUUUUACAGUAAGUCAACUUAUGAAACAUUUACUUUCUAGAAAUAUAUAUUUUUGCAUUGCAACCAUUGGACGAGACUGAGUGAAAUAACGAGAUUUAUCAGACGGGAAUAGACCACUAUUAUUGAUUGUUAUUCAUUCAAAAUGUUUUUCCGUCACUGAGUGCCUCCAAUCCCCAGAGCAACCUCUUCUCAUAACCAGCUCGCGUUGACCAAAUUUAGAAGACGUUUCUGGUAUCCAGUAAAGUGACGUCAUUAACAAUGGCUAUCCACCAAAGAAAGGACGGCAGCUGAGGAGCCUGGGGGACGAAGUUGUGUUAGCUAGUUGUUUUGGUAGGGCUGGAGAAAAUGGCGGUAGAUUUCACACGUUUUUACGAAGAAGAAAUUGUCGGACUUUUUGCUUAUAAAACUACCAAUAACAAAGUGAGCCGAAGAAGAGAGCAACAGAAGAUUGACGCCGAUCCCCGAGGUGGUCUUUACACGUUUUAUCCGUGUUAAGCGGACGAUAGGAAGUGUUUGACGAUCCAGACUCAGUCAGACGAAUUUAAAUGUGACAGACGUGAGACACUUAACUAACUUAACUCACUCAGUUGUGUUCGUUGCAUGAUAAAUUCGAGGUGUGGCGUUGGCCUUAAAGAACUAUUUAUAUAAUUUGACGUUAUCUAAAUCCUACCGUUUUAUCCAAGAAUAUUGCUGUAAACCUUAAUAACAAGACAGUAAGAAAAAGAGUGACUUGAGGCUUCCUGACGUUUUCAGACGGACAAGCUGUCCUUCUUCAGGGAAUUAAACAAAAAUCUUACCUUUUUUGUUCACCCUAAUUGUAAUGCAUUUAUUUAGAUUUAAUUCCAGCUACGGCGAUGCUGAAAUAAAUGUGGAUUUUGGUCAUCGGUUAAAUCAGGACAUUAUCUUUAAGCCUGGAGAGGUGUAUGCUGGUAUCCCUGUCAACAUUGUAAAUGAUUCUUUACCUGAAAACAACGAGGCUUUUCAUCUCACACUUACUACGUCAGACGAUGUCACUACAAUAACCACUGGCUUCACGACUGUUGUUAUUCAAGAUAAUGGUAUGUGUAGAAAUAACUAGUUAUGAAGGAAAACGUGUCAAAGAUACUCAUAUACAGUAUGAAAUCUUGAGGUUACAAAAAGGUUUCAAAAAGCUCAGUGGCGUCACAAUACAGCAAAAUACAAUGCGGAAGACUUUAUUGUAACAAGCACGUGACAGUUUAUAUUGACUUACUGCCCUGUCGCCCUCAAUAAAAUAAACAAAAGAUAUGAAAAAAUAUUAUAAAAGGAGCACAAAGCUAUUUUUUUCUCUUCAAAACACGCAAAUUUGCCUCCAAAAUUACGUGUCUGCCUAUCGCGGGGACAAAUUGACAAGUAUGACGUAGAAUGAUUUGCAAGGCUGGAGAAUAAAUUAACAACAUGGCGGCAAAUAGAAGGAUGAUUAUUUUUUAUAAUUCCCCAAUGAUCUUCAAAAUCUUCAUUUACUUUGCUAUACCUUCGUUACAGUCAGAUACAUCGCUUAAUAACUUAAAGCACAAAGCAAUGACCGGAAUCGGAAGAGAAGCCUGUGCAAAUCACCUAACGUCACAUGACGUCAUCAGCCUUUCUUUGAUCUUUACUCAUUCAUAGCGACAUUUCUGAGGAGGAAAAAGAGGUUUUUGGAGUUCCAAAAUUCAAGAAAAUUUUUUGAGACACAUUUCGAAAGUUUAGAGUUGUUAAUUAAACUUCACUAAGGACCAAAAUUAGUACCGUUUCAUGUACACUUAAAGCUCUCCAGCAAAUAGAGCUAGGCUUUUGGCAUUAGGAGCCGGUUUUCAAUGUUAAUGUUUUAGUAAACCCCAAGAGGAGACAUAUCUAUCAAUCAAUUUGAAGCAGCAAAUGAAAAAAUAUAAAGAGAUAUGUCCCACUUAAAAUCAACCAAUCAGUGAAAAAUCAUGUUAAUCAGUCAAUCCUUCCUCAAAGGCACCGCAGCGAAGUGGGCAUCGCCUGAAGAAGCACACGACGCAUGCCGGGUAUCGGUCUCAAGAAUGAAAGAUCAGACUUCGAAAUCACUUUACGAACAGAGUUAAAUCUUAUUUGAUUUAACUAAAAGAAUUCAAUCAGCCAUUAACAAUUUUUUUCAGAUAUCGAUGAAUGCGCUCUAGUGCCAUGCCAGAAUGGUGCUACUUGCACAGAUCUGCCGCUGAAUUACAGCUGUACAUGUGUCUUGGGUUUCACGGGAAGGAACUGCAGCAUCAGUGAGUAAAGAUCGUUGUUUUAUGAAAAAUCAUUCUUUCGUUUCUGGCUCAAUACGUUUUCUAAAGUAAACUGCAGCAUCUUUGUUUGCAAUCAGUUUUUAUUGGUUUCGGCCGGCUCUCAUAGUAUUGUGUUGUUAGGUAGUUUAAUGAUUGUUUUAAAACUAUUAUCAUGAGGAUUCUUGCUGAUAGUUUGUUUGUUCCCGAGUUUUCGCUCGUGCUUAGGGUCUCUUUAUGUUCAGGUUUGUAGAUCAAGGCUUAUCCGUAUUUGUGUUAACAGGUUUUUGAGUGUUACUACCUUUUACUGGGUUUGCCGACAUGAGUGUCAUUUAUCUUGUGUUUUAAUGAAGUUUGAUUGUCAGGCCUUGAAGUGGGUACGUUAAGGAUUAUAGCUGACCUGGAUUGGUACUCGAUGUAGGUGACCUACAUCUACUUCCUCUUUGGUAGAGCCUUGUGGGUUUAGUUAUGAAGGUUUUACUGUUUUUCUAGUUCUUGACUUAUAACCUCAUGAGUUUGCAGCCUCGUUCCCAGGGUUCUCUCCUACCUGUCCCUCGACGGGUAGGAGAGACAACCUGCGAACGAGGUUGAUGAGUUUGUUUUCCCACUUUGGUGAUCAACAGGCAAUUCGCUAAAGUUACUAGGGAAGGCGUUCGUAACAGUUUGGAGGUCACCAAGCCUGGUUAUGAAAGACCUGACCACGUUCCCACAUUUUAUUUAUUUAAGCCAAUGAGAGCGCCAAUAUUUGGUGCAGUUAAACGUAGUUGAGCCGUUGAAGUUGUAGAAGAGCGCGAGUGUUUUGCUGAUAGUCAUUUUUAAAGAAGAAGAAAAGGAUCCAAGCUGUGUAAGAGUGCUCUAACUAGUGAGUGGCUUACCCGGGCAAAGAACCCUUUUACAAUUGUUUGGAAAAUGGCUCCGAAGGGAAAGUUUAAGAUAUUUAACUAGAUAACGUUUGUAAAAGAUUCAAGCUGACUUAAAAAACCUUUUUAUCUACAGUUUAUAUACAGUUAAUGUCUAUACAAACUUUACAAAGUUUGUCUUUUCCCGUUAACAGACAUUGACGACUGCGUAGGAAACCCAUGCCAAAAGAAUGGUUCAUGUGUUGACCUUGUGCACGAUUACCGCUGCAGCUGUUCUACAGGUUACACUGGAAAGAAUUGUAGUGUUGGUAAGGAACUUGACCUAAUCAAAACAUUUUAUACAAGUAAUGUCUCAAGAAAAAGAAAGGAAGUAUCAGAUGAAAUAUUUUUCUGAAACUUAAAAUAUCGAUGUCACUCUUUUGGCGUUGACAAAGAAUCGAGUUGUGAACACGUGACAGAUAAGUAGUGGAUAUUUUGUUUAACAAGGUGCCCCACCCCCCACUCCGAGUAAAUAUAUUUGAAAACAACCACAAAAUCAUUAAGCGCAAAUCUUAGUGUGUUUGCUAUUCAUUUGCUUUGCAGAAAUUAACGAAUGUGAUUUCUCUCCGUGUAUGCACGGUGGCAUGUGUAAGGAUCUGUUGGCUGAUUACAACUGUACUUGCGCUCCCGGUUACACAGGAAAGAAUUGUAGUGUCGGUAAGGGCUCUUGUGAUUCAGAUAUAAGGAAUAUAAAAUCAUAUUAUGAAUGGCUAUUUUGACUGUGACUCAAUUCUGUUAUACUGAAUUUAUUUGUAAUUAAAAUAAAUACCGGCUAAUAAUCCUCUUUUUGAGGGGUUGCUGUAUUGGUAAAUAAUGAAUAAAUAAAUGUUUAAUGCCACUCUUUCUUAGUGAGCAAAUAACGAACUUAAAUUUGCAUGUAAAAAAACACACGGACUUCUCAAAUACCUCUCAAACAAUGAUAGAAGCAUGGUCCACCGGCGUUGAGUGAUAUGAAAGGCUACUACUCCAUUGGGACACGUUAUGGGUAAAGGCUUUCCUCUUUUCGCUUCAGAUAUUGAUGAAUGUAGCGUCUCACCUUGCAAAAACCGUGGCCAGUGCACUGAUAAAGUGAACGACUAUUCUUGCAAGUGUUCAGAAGGUUUUGAAGGAAAAGACUGUUCAACUGGUAAGUUUCAUCUUGGCUUUUUAGAGUUAGCGUAGCUUUCUCUUUCCUCUUUGGAUUUGCCAAACCUCUCAGUCAAUGUCAAAUGUGGGAACAAAUACUAGACAGCUGUGGCCUAAACCCCUUUCCAGAUACAUGUGAAAAAGCUGAAAGUUUGGUCCGUUAAUAUAACCGAUGUUAGGAUGUUAUCACACUCUAUUCGCGAGCGUCGGACAAGGAAUGAAAUCUCGAGUUCCCGACAAGAGGUGAGUCCUUAUCAUUCUAGACAAAGGGUAAGUCGGGCGCUCUAUUCUCCAAGCUUCGGAAAGAUGCACGGACAGCAGUCAAUCACUAGGCUACUGCUCAUAUAAAGUAUCAUGUUUGACAUAGCAACUUUAACAAUACUCUGAUAAUUAAGUACCGAUCAUUCCAUGUCAACGAAGAAAUUGCACUUCUCUUUUUCGCACUAAAAAUGCAUCCUUAUGUUUUCUUUGCAUGUUGUACUAAAUUAUACGAAUUCCUUUUUCACUUUCAGCCUCAGCUGCAACUGGAGAUAAUGAGAAAAGUAUGUCACGGAGCUGUAGGACCAUGUAGAGUGUUUCUAGUAUCCCCUAUCCAUUUACAUCGAGUCUACAAAAGUUAACCCCCCCCCCUCUAGUACGAGUCGCUUAAAGUUUAGCUUAUGACAUCCUCUAAUAGUGCCGCUUUUAUAAGCCCUUUAAAAGUGCCACUUAAGGGCGGGCCUGUUUUCAUGGAGUUGGGGAAUCUCAGGUAGGUGAGGUUAUCCGCCUGUCCAUAUAAUCGCUCCUUUUUAUUUGAUCACGUUUACAUGAUAGGUGAAGUGAUCAUAUGAGAAAUUAUAUGGACAGCCAGGUUAGCCCACCUAAUCGGGUUACCUCACCUGCCUGGGGUGCCCCUUUAAAGUGCAACUUCUAAGACCUCUUCAGAAAGUGUCACUUGCAAGGCCCAUUAAAAGUAAUUAAAGUAAUAUGUGAUCUUCUCAUUCACGGCUUCGAUUAUUACUGGACAUGUAUAAGAAUCCGACAGUGUGAAACAGCUUGGAAGAUAUCAUGUCUUUUCACAGACUUGUCAGUUUUUAAUGUAUUUAUUACCUGGGCGCACACGUGGAUGACGUGGAUAGUAAAGAAUUAUCAGAGAGCUUAAGCAAAAACGUUCAGUUAAGCGACGCACGUCAAACGGAAGUGAGCAUUUUGAAUUCUUGGGCGGUGGUUUUUACUCAAAUUUCACUCGCAAAUCUUCUCUUUAGGAGUAAAGACACUUAGCGUAGCAUCAAGGUAUGUUAAGAGAAAUGGCUUCACCUCCGGUUGACAUGCGUCGCUCAAAAACACCUGUACUUAAGCUUCCUAAAGUUUUGGUUGGCAAUAGACAGAAUUCGUAUUCCCCGACAGUCCUGGGAUAAGUGGGCCUUGAUCAUGAAUGCGAGGCUCAUGCAGGGACCCUCUCGCCAAGAGGACAAACAAAUAUGAAAAAAACUGCGGCUGAGUUUGCCGAAUUUAAGGAAAAUUUUUAACAUUGUAAAGUUCCGAAGGGCUUACAUACUUGAGAGAUCAUUAUUUUAAACGACAAAAGGAAGAACUGCUCAUUAUUACCAAGAAAAACAGCGAUCCUAACCAUAAUUAUAUUGAUGAGAAGAGUGCUUGGUGAGCGAGUUUAUGAUUUAAUAUAAACAGAGAUGUUCUUAAAAUCCCCGAAGCCAUUUUAAUUGUAAUUUUCAGUGUCCUUUAAACUUUUUGAAGGAUACCUUUAUUGAAAUGGACGUAAUUAUCGAAAGCCUGCUAUAAAGUUAACGGUGGUGUUAUCUCACCUACUUUGCAGUUGAAAUUUUCUAACAGAGCGGCUGCAAAAUCUUGAAUUUGUAAUUGAAGUUAAACCGGUUUGAACAAAGAUGACUAGGUAAAGUUUAUUUUUAAAUUUAAGUUACAUUAUCUUCGAUAACAACUGUGCGAGAGUUCAAAAAGUGCACGCAGUUGAACACAGAAUUUGGUACAAACGAUAAUACUGAGCAGUUUAAACUCCACACUACAGAUACACACAAGAGAAAAAGAAUAAGAAUAAGAAUAAAAUUUUAUAAAAAGGAUUCGAGUAUUGACAUUUUGACACAAUAUACCAUUUUCUUGAUUACUCCUUGUUUCUUCUUUUAGCUUCGUGGCUUUUUAACUUGUGCUGUUAGUACGACCAGCUCUUCCCACUGUUUUGCUUUUUGAAACAGAUAUCCCUUUAGCUUACCCGGAAGGUUUCAGCUUUUAAUUCUUGCAGUUUGUUGCUGAUUUCUAUCGUUUUGCAGCGAUUCAGCAGCGACUAACCAAUGUUUGUUUGUGUUUUUGCUAAAACGUUCCCCGCUUUAGCCUCGCAAUCAUGCUGUGAAGUCUCUCGUCUCAGGGCCGUCGGGGAAUACGAAUAUCGUCUAUUCAGUCAGUUACUACAGAGAUGAGUCUACCAACAGUCUAUCAAAAAAACAGCUAGUGGCCUAAAGCUCAACUUUAAAGCAAUUCUUCUUCCAGAACUGUUACGCAUUCUCUUCUGGGCUUGUAUUGGAGCAUUGGCUGUUUCCUUACUGGCAUUAAUCAUUGCUGUGUUGUAUUUCCAUCACAAGUAAGUACCCGGAUUACAAAAGGACGACUCUUGUUUUACAGUCUUUUGUAUAGGUAUGAGUGGUUGUUUGCGCUGAUUUACAGUUUGCCAAAGCGUACCAAAACAGUUACGGAAAUUUUUUUGGUAGUUUUUUAAAUAUCAGUGUCAGGAAAGUUAAAUAUUUUCUGCUGGCGCAAUUUUCAUCCCUACUCAGCACUCAUUUCCCCUUUAGCUUUUCCUAGAAUGUAGAAAGACACCAUGGAACAAAGCUGAGACACCACUACAGGAAAACUUCGCCCAGUGAGACUAGAGCUCCUUACUAUGCUUCUUUUCAGUCGCAAAACAAUUAGGUAAAUAGGUACUGUAGAGUAUUUUGAAAUGAAACAAUUGAUGAAAUCUUUUUACAGGUUGAAAGGAGCAGGUAACGCCGGGAAGGCACGAACCACAAGAAAUGGAUAUACUUCGUACGAUGGCGUCUCUACAUUAUAGAAAUUCUAGAACGAAGGCGAGUUCUGGAUGAUGCUAAAGAUUUUCUCUGCAAGUUUAGGUGUAUAUGCAAACGAGCAAGUAAACACGAGACGUGACGUCAUACUGUCCCUAGGACUGAAUCACUAAUUUCCUUGGAGCCAUCUUUCCCCUGACUUUUUUAAUGUUUUCUUUCCUUUUCUUUUAUUUUGUUGUUGGUUUUUUUUUUUUGCGUUACUUGUAAAAAGGACAAUAAAGAUGUACUAUUUUGAUAAAACG